AUGGACGAACAACACGCAGCGACAAACAAGGCCAACUGGGACAACCGAGCGGUACUGCACGCCAAGUCUGACUCUGGAUAUAAGGUGCGGCAGUACCUUGACGACAAGACGCGCCUGAGCAAUGUCGUCGCUUUCGAUGUCCCUGGGCUAGGCGACAUUGCGGCCCAACGCGCCAUCCACCUCCAAUGUCACAUCGGAACGGACACGCUCUCCCUCGCGCGCUUAGGCGCAAAAGUAUGCGGGCUCGACUUUUCGGCGGCAUCGGUCGCGGCUGCACGCUCUCUAGUGGCGCAGACCGGCGACGACGUGGCGUUCGUUGAGGCAGAUGUUUACGCGGCUCGCGACGUGGUGGACGGACAUUUUGACCUCGUGUACACUGGCAUCGGGGCGCUAUGCUGGCUCCCUGACAUGACGCGCUGGGCGACCGUUGUCGCCUCCCUCCUCUCCCCGGGUGGUCGACUAUUUCUCCGCGAGGGCCAUCCCAUCCUGUUCGCUGUCGACGAGCGCAUCCCCGACGGUCCGACUCUGCGGUUCCCGUAUUUCAACACGAGUUCGAAGCCGAUGGAAUGGGACGAGGUCGACACGUAUGUCGAGAGUGAGGAGAAGCUGAGCGCGACCAAAAGCUUCCAGUGGAACCACGGGCUGGGCGAGAUCAUCACGUCCCUUCUGCUCGCGGGGCUGGUGAUUGAGGGGUUAGAGGAGCACGACUCUGUGCCGUGGGAAGCGAUGCCGGGAAUGAUGGAGAAGAGGGAGCUGGACGAGUGGGGAUUGAAGGAACAUGGGGGUUGCAUGCCACUCUCGUUUACCUUGAUUGCGCGUAAGCCGGCUAGUUAG